CAGCUCGGUACGACAAGGCAACAAUGCGACCGGUGUGCAUACAGCACGGAUCGGACUGGAGAUUUGACACGGCACGAGAGAACUCACGCAGGAGAGAAACCCUUCAAGUGCAGUGUGUGUGGGAAGGCGUUUGCAGAUUCAUCUACUCUUGUAGCACACCAGAGAACACACACGGGAGAGAAACCCUUCAAGUGCAGUGUGUGUGGGAAGGCAUUUUCACGGUCAUCUGCUCUUGUAACACACCAGAGAACACACACGGGAGAGAAACCCUUCAAGUGCAGUGUGUGUAUGAAGGCGUUUGCACAUUCAUGUACUCUUGUAGCACACCAGAGAACACACACAGGAGAGAAACCCUUCAAGUGCAGUGUGUGUGGAAAGGCGUUUGCAUAUUCAUCUGCUCUUGUAAUACACCAGAGGACACACACAGGAGAGAAACCCUUCAAGUGCAGUGUGUGCUUGAAGGCGUUUCCACGUUCAUUUCUUCUUGUAGAACACCAGAGAACACACACGGGAGAGAAACCCUUCAAGUGCAGUGUGUGUGGGAAGGCAUUUUCACGGUCAUCUGCUCUUGUAACACACCAGAGAACACACACGGGAGAGAAACCCUUCAAGUGCAGUGUGUGUAUGAAGGCGUUUGCACAUUCAUGUACUCUUGUAGCACACCAGAGAACACACACAGGAGAGAAACCCUUCAAGUGCAGUGUGUGUGGAAAGGCGUUUGCAUAUUCAUCUGCUCUUGUAAUACACCAGAGGACACACACAGGAGAGAAACCCUUCAAGUGCAGUGUGUGCUUGAAGGCGUUUCCACGUUCAUCUCUUCUUGUAGAACACCAGAGAACACACACAGGAGAGAAACCCUUCAAGUGCAGUGUGUGCGUGAAGGCAUUUGCACGUUCAUCUCUUCUUGUAGUACACCAGAGAACACACACGGGAGAGAAACCCUUCAAGUGCAGUGUGUGUGGGAAGGAGCGAGAGCCAAUACGCUCCCAAGAAUUCACGAUGUUCUAA